GGCCCUGGCGCGGUGCUCGGGCGGCGGCGGCGGCGAUGUGGGGCGGCACCGGGGCCGUGUGGGGAAGCGGAGGGGCCAUAUGGGGCAGCCCCGGGGCCGUACGGGGCGGCAGCGGCCCGCUCCGAGCCAUCGCCCGCGCCCUGAGGGGCCGGCGGGCGGCGGCCGCGGGCGGUGGCCAUGGUGAGCUGUCUUUUCGGACAGGCCCAAGGGCUACUCUGCAGAAGUAUAGUCGCAAAGUACAGCUGGAAUCCAGUAACGCUCCGCCCGUCUCUGUGACUGAAGUAAAAAGGAGCAUGCUCACCACGAAGAGACUUUUCAGCACCUCACACUCAUCAGUGGAUCCAAAGGAGAUGAAAAAAUUCCAGCUCCUCGCACAGAAGUGGUGGGAUGAAGAAGGAGACUAUUCAGCCCUUCAUUCUAUGAAUGACAUUAGAGUGCCAUUUAUUAGAGAUACUCUGUUGAACAUGAGUAGCAGUUAUCAUAUGGGAAGCCCGCUUUCUGGAAUAAAGAUUUUGGAUGUUGGCUGUGGUGGUGGACUGCUAAGUGAGCCUCUAGGUAGACUGGGAGCUUCAGUUACCGGAAUUGAUCCUCUGGAGGACAACAUUAGAACAGCAGAUCGGCACAAGUCAUUUGAUCCAGUUCUGGCCAAGAGAAUACAGUACAAAGCCAGUUCACUGGAGGAGAUUGUGGAAGAGUCUAUGGAAACGUUUGAUGUAAUUGUAGCUUCAGAAGUAGUGGAGCAUGUGGCUGACCUUGAAAUGUUUAUCAAGUGUUGCUCCCAGGUGUUAAAGCCCGAAGGUUCUUUAUUCAUUACUACAAUCAAUAAAACACAGUUGUCCUAUAUCCUGGGAAUUGUGGUCGCAGAGAAAAUAGUAGGCAUCGUACCAGAAGGAACGCACGACUGGGAGAAGUUUGUUCCGCCUGAAGAGCUGCAACGCCUGCUGGAAUCGCAUGGCUUCUCAGUUCAGGCUGUGAACGGGAUGUUGUACAACCCCCUCACGAGGUCGUGGAGCUGGAUGGAAAGCACGAGCAUUAACUAUGCGAUGCACGCCGUGAAAUCUGGUGCUGAGGGACGGUCAAGCCCAACAGAGUCUCUGUCAGAGAUGGAAAGCGAGCAGCGCUCAGCCACAGCUGGCACCAGCGUGUGACCGUCUGAGAUGCGUGCUGAUGGACUGCCCCAGGAACAGAAAAGGUUUUACACAGAUGGACAUAAUAAAGCCUUUUGUAACAACGA